CGGGCCUAAAUAAGCGCGGUGCAUGGAGAGAAAGGAUGCUCCCGGUUUUCAAAGAGGAACUUCAUCAGGGAAAGCCGCUGGGGAAAGGGGACCGCCAACCACACGAAACAUUGUGUCCUCCACGCGACGUUUACUCAUCAGAUCAACAUGGCUUCAAAGUGUCCCAAGUGCGACAAGACUGUGUAUUUUGCUGAGAAAGUGACAUCCCUGGGAAAGGACUGGCACAAGCUCUGUCUGAAGUGUGAGCGCUGUAACAAGAUCCUGACAGCAGGGGGCCACGCUGAGCAUGAUGGAAUGCCAUAUUGCCACAAGCCAUGCUAUGCUGCUCUCUUCGGACCAAAAGGUGUGAACAUUGGCGGGGCUGGCUCCUACGUGUAUGACACUCCAGCCAACAACAACUCUGCUCCUGCCCCGGGCCCUGUGAGCGCCCCCAAAGCAGAGGACAAACCGGCCUCUGUCCCAUCCAAGGGCCCCUCCAAAGCUGGCAGUAUGACCACCUUUGCUGGAGAGGCUAACCUUUGCCCCAGGUGCAAUAAAAAGGUUUACUUUGCGGAGAAGGUGACAUCGCUGGGGAAAGACUGGCAUCGGCCAUGCCUACGCUGUGAGAGGUGCAGUAAGACCCUGUCUGCUGGAAGCCACGCAGAGCAUGACGGUCAGCCCUACUGCCACAAACCUUGCUACGCCGUGCUGUUUGGCCCCAAAGGAGUGAACACUGGGGGCGUUGGCAGCUACAUCUACGAGAAGGAGCCCAGCACAGCCACCCAGCCCUGAGUCCGCUCAGCUCUCCCCCCUGCGACCCCCCCCCUCGCCACAUUCACCGCCCUCCCACCCAGCACAGACAGCACAACCAGUCACCCUCCACCUUCAACUACAAACACAAAAAAAACAACUACCUUAAGGCCUCCAGUCAAAAGCCACUGAGUUUCAGCACCUAACCCCCACGCUAGCCAAUUGGUGUCCUUUUCCCAGUCCUAGUGGUCUGAUAUACUCACAUUCCCUGUAACACCCCCCCCCCACCCACACACACUCACACACACACACACACACACACACACACACAUACCUUUCACCUUUAAGGUGUAGAUACUGGGACUGCUUAUUGUACCAGUCCAAGCCACAGGCUUUCCUAGACAAACAGCUCCUCGUGAGUAAGUGGAGCGUGUUUGACGUCACGGAGGCUCUUGUAGCCUUGGUGUCGCUAAUCUUUCACAAUAAAAUCUCUUCCCCUGGCACACUGACCUUAUACAUUGGUAGGCUCUGUGACAAGUGUGCAUAAAAGAAGGUGGUAGUAUUGUGGUUAAAGAACCACUUAGUAUUAGAACCCUCAGGUGUUUAUAAAGUUUAAUAUUCCUAGCUAAGUUCAUGCUUUUUGGGUUCCGUUCUGCUCCUAGUGCAAAUAUUAUGUUAGAAUGAAAUUCUUUUCUUUUGACUCCUCUGUUUUAUGUCCUUUUUGCUCUUGCGAGAAGCCACUUGGGUAGAGCCUUGUAUGGGACUGAUCUCAGUCAAACACAGCCAUCCACACAGCAUGCUGGUCUUAGAUCAUUACUGUAGAUCUCCACGUGUCCACUGUAUAUGUGUAUGGGGCCUAUAUGCAUGUACAUCAUGAACACAUGUACGUGGAGUGACACAUCAGCUUGUUAAAUAGUUAUAUAACACACCAAGAUGGAUAGUGUUUGUUUUUCUGAUAAGGCUCUCGGCCUCUUUCUGCUGGAGUUAUUAGGAGGAAUAGCUAACCACCCUUAUCAUGUAGCUAAACCAAACAGAGCACAGGAAAGAGAAAAUACUGAAACCGCUAAAGACAAAACAUUCUCACUAAGCGAAUGUGCAUUAGUUUAACCAUUUAUGACGACCAUGGCAAUAAUCUGUUGUUUUGUAUAGAAAGCUCUGAAAGCUAAAUCUGUGUGUUACUGUCUUUUUAAUUAUCCCAUUAAAGUGGAUGUACAGAACUGA